UUCCUCUCUCUCUCUCUCUAGAACUCUUUACUCAUACAAAGCCUCUCACUCUCCAUCGCCUCCUCUCAACUCCGCGGCUUCGAUCCGAGGAGUUUUGGGAAAUCUAAGCGUCUUUCUUUGAAGAUCUUCAUCGUCUUUUCAUCGCUAAUCAGUCAUGGCUGGCUCGGCUCCUGAAGGUUCCCAAUUCGAUGGGCAACAAUUUGAUUCUAAAAUGAGUGAUUUGAUGGGGGAAGAAUUCUUCACCUCAUAUGAUGAAGUUCAUGACAGCUUUGAUGCAAUGGGCUUACAAGAAAAUCUUUUGAGGGGAAUUUAUGCAUAUGGUUUUGAGAAACCAUCUGCAAUUCAACAAAGGGGUAUAGUUCCGUUCUGCAAGGGACUUGAUGUGAUUCAGCAGGCACAAUCAGGAACUGGAAAGACUGCAACUUUCUGCUCUGGAAUUCUCCAGCAGCUUGAUUACAAUCUGGUUGAGUGCCAAGCUUUAGUCCUUGCUCCUACUCGUGAACUUGCACAACAGAUAGAAAAGGUUAUGCGUGCUCUUGGUGAUUAUCUUGGUGUAAAGGUUCAUGCCUGUGUGGGAGGGACUAGUGUUCGUGAGGAUCAACGCAUUCUCCAAAGUGGAGUUCAUGUUGUUGUUGGGACUCCUGGUCGAGUUUUUGACAUGCUUAGGAGGCAGUCUCUUCGAGCUGAUAAUAUCAGGAUGUUUGUGCUGGAUGAGGCUGAUGAAAUGCUUUCAAGAGGAUUCAAGGAUCAGAUCUAUGAUAUCUUUCAGCUACUGCCACCCAAGAUCCAAGUGGGAGUCUUUUCCGCCACAAUGCCCCCUGAAGCUCUUGAAAUAACAAGAAAAUUCUUGAGCAAGCCUGUAAGAAUCCUCGUGAAACGUGAUGAACUCACCCUCGAAGGUAUCAAGCAGUUCUAUGUGAAUGUCGACAAAGAAGAAUGGAAACUCGAGACCCUUUGCGAUCUCUACGAAACCCUAGCCAUUACUCAGAGUGUCAUCUUCGUCAACACUCGACGAAAGGUCGAUUGGCUAACCGACAAAAUGCGUGGCCGAGACCACACAGUCUCUGCCACACACGGAGACAUGGAUCAAAACACUAGAGACAUCAUUAUGAGGGAAUUCAGAUCGGGUUCUUCCAGGGUUUUAAUCACCACUGAUCUUCUUGCCCGUGGUAUUGAUGUUCAACAGGUUUCUCUUGUGAUUAACUUUGACCUUCCAACUCAGCCGGAGAAUUAUCUUCAUAGAAUUGGUCGAAGUGGAAGGUUUGGAAGGAAGGGUGUUGCGAUUAACUUUCUGACUAAAGAUGAUGAGAGAAUGCUUUCGGAUAUUCAGAGGUUUUAUAACGUGAUUAUUGAAGAGCUUCCCAACAAUGUUGCUGAUCUUCUUUGAUGACGGAGUUUCGGUAUUUUUUGGGAGGUAAUAUCGUCUUUGGAACUAUUUUUAUUUUAUAUAUUUUUUUGCUUAAACUGAAUUAUCGACUGUAUUUAGGAUGCAAAUUUUGUUGGGUUUUAUUUUGUGGUGCGUCUACAGAUACUUGACUGAAAUUUGGAGAUUUUUUAUUUCAAUUUUGUUGGUAUUUAUUUAUCUA